CGCGAUGGCGCCGCCUACGAGAUGCGCGUGCAGUGGCUGUCGCUGGACGGCGCACCGCUGGUCGACUGCGUGGUGCGCGUGUGCCGGCUGCCGGCGGAGCGCGGGGGCAGCCGGGCCGUGUGCCUGCCGCGCCACGCCCACCAGCUGCCACCGGGGGAAGUGGAGGUAGCCGCGUGGCCGCACGCCGCGCGCUGCCUCGCGCACCUGCUGCUGUUCGCCGCGCUGCUGCUGCUGCUGGGCGUGUGGCGCGCGGAGCAGCUGCCCGUCCCGCCCGUCACCCCCUCUCCCCCCGUCCCCCCGCCGCGCCGGGCCACCCCCGCCACCCCCGCCGCCCCCGCCGCACCGCGCCGGUGCACCUCAGCGCAGCCCGUGCUGCAGCGCGCCGCACGAUCAGAGCCUCGAAAUUCUUUGUCAAACGAUGCAGUGGAAGAAGAGGACGAAAUUUUGGGGUCCGAUGAUGAGGAGCAGGAAGAUCCACGUGACUACUGCAGAGGUGGAUACCAUCCCGUGAGGAUAGGUGAUUUGUUCCACAAUCGUUAUCAUGUUGUUCGAAAACUUGGUUGGGGUCACUUUUCUACAGUGUGGCUAUGUUGGGACCUUGGGGCCAAACGCUUUGUAGCUUUGAAAGUAGUGAAGAGUGCAGCCCACUACACUGAGACUGCUCUAGAUGAAAUUAAAUUGCUCAAAUCUGUAAGAGAGACUGAUGUGAAUGACCCCAAACGGGACAAAACUGUCCAGUUGCUGGAUGACUUCAAAAUCAGUGGUGUGAAUGGAACUCAUGUUUGUAUGGUGUUUGAAGUCCUAGGCCAUAAUUUAUUGAAACUAAUCAUUCGAAGUAACUAUCAGGGUAUUCCACUCCAAAAUGUAAAAUCUAUAAUCCGUCAAGUGCUGGAAGGUUUGGAUUAUUUGCACUCAAAGUGCAGAAUUAUUCAUACCGAUAUCAAACCAGAAAACAUCCUUCUGUGUGUUGAAGAAAGCUACGUGCGAAAACUGGCGUCCGAAGCCACCCAGUGGCACAAAAUGGGACUCAAACUUCCUGGUUCUCUUGUAAGUACUGCUCCAAAAGAGUACCAGCAAACCCUCGAUCCCAACUUAAAGAUGUCUCGAAGUAAAAAGAAGAAACUGAAAAAGAAAGCAAAGAAGCAAGCUGAGCUUCUUGAGAAACAAAUUCAACAGUUGGAAGAGUUGGAUGGUCUCAACAGUUCAAGUGUGAUUGCUACGUCUGAAGCAGAGGGUAAAGGAGAAGAGGAGGAGGAGGAAGAUGAUAAUGAUGUGGAUCUGGAAUUGGAAGCAGAUAAUGAAAGUGAUGGACUAAAUGGAAUGGAAGGGUCGGAAGUAGUACCUGAAUUGGCUGAUUUCUCAUUGGUUCCUCUGAGCUUGCUUCCUCUCAACUCGCUUCUGGGAGAAGCUGACGUUGCUGCUGACUAUCCUUCCAUUAAAGCUUUACUCUCAGAUGCAAGGAAAGAUUGUGAUGACUCCACCAAGUGCAAACUAAAUAUAGAGAAUCGUCGAAGUUUUGCGGAGAUGGAACAUGCCAACAUUCAGCCAGCUAGUUCUCAAAGUGGUUUGCAUCUCUCAGAGGCUGAAUCAUUGCUAUUAUGCAAUGGUCAUAAUGCUUAUGAUACAAAAAACCAAAAAUCACAUGUACCACUAGAGCGCAGUGAGAGCCAAGCGAUAACAGAAGUCCACGAGAGUCCACAGAAGACAUGUGAGAAAAUGGGAAAACCAUUUCGGCGUGUAGCUUCCUGCCCAAACGCUAAACAAUUGAGUGAGACACCAGACCCAGUUCGAGAAGUCUGCGAUAUAAAAGUGAAGAUAGCUGAUUUAGGAAAUUCUUGUUGGUGUUAUCAUCAUUUUACUGAAGAUAUUCAGACGAGGCAGUAUCGAUGUCUGGAAGUUCUUCUUGGAAAUGGUUAUGACACACCAGCUGACAUUUGGAGCACAGCAUGCAUGGCUUUUGAGCUGGCUACUGGAGACUAUUUGUUUGAACCUCAUUCUGGUGAUGACUACUCCAGAGAUGAAGAUCACUUGGCUCAUAUAAUUGAACUGUUGGGCAUCAUUCCUAAAAAUUUAAUAUUUUCUGGGAAGUACUCACGAGAGUUCUUUACUAAGAAAGGACAACUGCGGCACAUUACCAAACUGAAGCCCUGGGGUAUGUUAGAAGUUCUAACUGAAAAGUAUGAGUGGGACCAUGCAGAAGCAAAAGCAUUUGUUGAUUUCCUGACACCAAUGUUGGCAUUCGACCCCAGUGAGCGAGCCACAGCUGCUGAGUGCCUGAAGCAUCCUUGGCUGAACUCUUGAGGAUAGGUAGCAAUCAUCACACUAUAAGUAAACAAACUAUGCCUCAUUUUGUCAGCACUUGUGAUUUUUUUCAUUUCAAUGAUCAUUGACCGGCCAGUAUAUACAUAACAAACACAUUAUUGCUUUGGAGGUAACAAAGAACUUUUCUUUGUUAAUCAUAGUCUUCUACUGAUCAAGUCUUAAACUUUUCUUGGUUAACCAUAGUCUUUUACUGAUCAAGUCUCAACCUCAACUUAAAAGUAGAUACUUUCUAAACUUAUAGUUAAAUUAUUGUAAUUUGUGUCAGCAGAAUAGGACUUGCUAAUUAAAUAUAUGUAAAAACUUUGUUGUUUAAUGUGCAUAUUUUUUGUUUUCAAAUGAAACGAAUGUCAUGUAAGUUUGUCAUGUUGUUUUUUCAUAUGACAUUUGUCACUAGAUGUUUGCAAGUAUAAUUUGUGCAUAGUUGAGAAUCUUGACUUAGUUUUUGUGAUACAUCUUGCAUAAAAUAUAAAAGUUAUUUUUUUUACUUGAAAUGUGACAGUUUUAAGAGUAUUGCUUGUUAGUAAGAAAGAAAAAACUAUACUGUUUUUUCUAUAAAAUUGGCAGUUAGGGAUUUUUUAACUUUGGCAGAUAUGUUGACUAAUAUCCAAAUACUAAAGUUUUGCAUUAAUUAAUUAUUUAUUUGUAAAGUCUAUGUUGAUUUUCUUUCUGAAAUCUGGUAGUUUAGAUUUCUGAUGUUCUAUGUUGUAUAGUUUAUGAUAUAAAUGUAAUGAUUUACAUUGCCAUACAAUUUUGGUUUGUAGAAACACACAAUAUUUUUAUGUAAAAUUAUAUAUUAUGUAAACUAUAUAUUAUGUAAAACUUAUAUAUUCUAUUAACAUUGUAAACUUUUUUGGAAUGAUGUAGUUUGGCCCUAAGUAAUAAAUUACAGUAGUUCUUUCCACUGUUUGAAAAGAUCUGUUAUAAUAUUUAUGGUUAUCAGAGCUGGAUCUGUUUUGUUCACUUUCUGUUCAUUAUUGCUGGGUGUCUGGUGUCUAAGAAAUGAGAGUGGAGAAUUCAUGAUGAAUUUUUUAUGUGUAAAAAAAAAAAGAGCUGUGCAUAAAUUUUGUCUCCAUAAUUAAAAUUGCAUGACACUGUAUCUGUCUGCAAAAAUAAAUUAGCCAGUUUCAUGAGAUACAGGGAAUCAACACUAAAGAUUGUCUUGCAGAGCUGUUAACUCCUCCAGUUAUAGCAGAAGGAAACCUUACAAAGAAUUUUCCUAACCUGAACAUUUUGAUUUUGAAAUGUGCAAGUGUACUGCAUUAUUUUCUUACUGUAGUGUGAAAAAAAUGCAGUGUUAAUGAAUGGGUGUGCAGAAAUUUCUUAUAGUUCCUCUUUCCAUAAAACAUUUUAAAAUGUGUGGAAUUUUGUUUGAAAAAAUUAAAUGUAUAGAAAUUUCACCAGAAAGGAACUCUAGACACCUUGCAAUUUUCCUGAUACUGAAGUCAUUCAUGUAAAAUUCAAAUGUUUAGAUCACCAAGUAAAGGAAAUUUGAGUUAGUAUUGUAGCAGAGAAUUUCAAGACAAAUUCUUUUAAUUCAUUCUUUGCAUCUCUGCAUGUUGGUAUUUUGUGUAUCAAAGUAAGACAAGGUACUUAACUUUGCACAUUAUUUAUAAAAGCUGCAAAUAAUGUGGUCAUGUGGCAUUCCAUUUAGUUCAGCUGCACCUAAAAAAAUUUUAAUGAUGCGUUCGUUGUACAAUUGACUGCAGUCCUACCUCAGUCACAAACUAAAAUAGAACAUGAAAUUGUAUACAAACAAUUCUAUGUAGGUAUAUCUUCUAUUUGAAAUGUGAACACAUGUAUUGCUUUUGACACAAAAAAAAUUUCUUACUGCUGAAAAGAUAAUUUUUAUUGAAAUAUAAAAGUAAUUAUACAAAAAUAAAAAUAUUCAUAUAAGAUUAAAUUUAGCUGGUAGUGAUAAAUCACUGAAAAAUAAAUCCUGCAAAUGAGAUGUGAAUAAAUAAUGAUGAGCAGACUAAACACUUUUAUCAGCUGCUUGACAUAACUUUGAUAUAUAAAUUUGUAUAUAUGUAUAUACACAUGUGUGUAUGUAUAUAUUUGUAUACAAGUGUAAAUGUGAAUGUUUAUUGUGUUGUGUGUUUACAUAUUGUUAUACCCUGUCACUUAGCAGUGCCCAAAACAAGGAAAGACUAAACUUAGUCUAAAGGUUCACACUAUAGUUUAAGUGUUCUAAUUUUUUUAAUGUAACAUUUAAUAUACAGUUAGUGACACAUUUAAGUACGUAUCAAAAUGCUCUCUAGUAGUGUGAUCAUCACUUCAGUCUCUCUGGAACACUUUAGUGAUCCACUCGUCCCAGCUAACAUGUUCCUCAUUUGCCUGCACACCGAGUGCCUUGUCAAGGACACAGUUGGUGUCCACUAUCAAGACUUCAACUCACGUGUCAAUCAUCAGCCAGCUGCUGACGAUUCUCCCCUGUGAUUUGCCCCACUUUAAUGGUGAUGGCCAUUGUAUCUAAAGUGGGCAAAGAUUCAUCCUCCUGAUAAUGCAUUUUUUCACAAUAAAAAUUAUUUGCAUUGUCUUUGAGAAUGGGUCAAAUUGCAUUGUUGCAGGUAGUCUAUUUGAUUCCUCAGCUAAUUCGAAUUUACUUUUGAAGUGCUGCUUGGUUAGCUGAUGUACGGGUAUAACAGUAUGUAUAUAUUUUAUUACAAUAGAAGUCCAGUAUAAUGCAACUUUUCAGAUUGAGAGUGAACCAAUUAAUCAGAAAAAAACAAGUGGGUAUGUGUGUUAAGUAUACAUGAAAAAUAGCAUGCAAUUCAGGCUUGAGGCGUGAAUAUUAAUAUUUUUUGUUAAUCACUCAGGAUGGCCACAUUUAGCCCCCAAUAAUAGCAUUAGUUAAGUCAUGAUAUUUUCACUGAUGAUGAAUUUCCAACAGGAGUUGAGAGCUGUUCGACUCAAGUAACACAUCAAUUAAGCACAUAAGUGAAGUGCCAGAGGAAAUACAAAAAUAUUUGGAUAAUCUUUGUAGCCUGCCUGAAAUGUGCCUGCUGCCUCCACUACGUCCUGCAUGGGCCCAGAUGAAACAGAACAUAACCCAGUAAAGUGUCUUGAAGACAACAGGGUAAUUAGAGAAUACUAAGCCCUAAUUAAUUCAUUAGAAGUAAAAACUGGAUCUGUGUGGGCAAUGGUUCAGAGAUAUUGCUUAUCAUCAUGGCCACACAUUUUUUAAUUUGCAGCCUUUCAUUACUUUCAUUCACACUCGGGCUUGGGGAGGGGGGGUGGGGGAGGGGGUGUGAAAGGGAAACCAGGUUACAACUCUACUGGACAUGAUGCCGUGUGGCAUUCAGCGUGGCUUGCCAUGCGCAACGAGGGCAAGAGGAGAAUACUGCUAACAUGCAGAAAUCAUCACCACUCAAAUGAGUGCGAACAUGUGUGUAACGUGACACUGAAAAAAGAAAUUGGAAUAUAACAUACAGCUAUGACUUUGCCACGCCUGACAGAUGAAUCCACUAUAAUUUGGACUAUUAUAUAGGGCUUCUACUGUAUAUUUGUAUAUGCAUAUUUAUAUGUAUAUUUGUAUUCAUGUGCAUAUAUUUAGACAUUUACAUGUGUAUAUGGAAUUAUACACACAUGACUAUAUGUACAUGUAAGUAUAUAAUACAUAUCAUACCUAUAGAUAUAUUUGGGAUUAGAUGGUUGAAUCCAUGAGUUUGUAGCUGAUUUGUAUUGAAUUGCUAUACUUUCUUGCAAUUUUUAACAAAACUCUUAACUUUGUGAAGGUAAAAUAAAAGUUUACUUAGUCUAUAUAUACGUACCUCGAAAUUAAAAGUUGAAUGUAUGAUUUAUACAUUGGCACUUAAAAAAUUCCAGAAAGGAUUUGCACCAAACAUUUCAAAAAUCAUUAAUUCAUUGGAACUUAAUUACCUUUAAAAGUUUUUAACAACUUAAAUAAUUACCUAUUGUGAAUGGUUUCUUUAUACUAGUUUGUCGGUUGCUAAUUUGCUAUUUGUAGUAGGUUAAAAUGGUACCCCUAAAUACAGGAAGUUUACACUACCUUGCACAGCAGUGAAAACAGCUUGAUUAAAACCUCGGAACAUCAAGAACUAUAUGGAUUUAGUACUAGUUUAGUUUUUACCAAUUUAAAAAAAAAAUCAAACUUAAGUUAUUGAUUGAUGUUAAGUUAUAUUACAGUAACAUAACUAGUGUCAGUGAAUAAUUUCACAAUGACAAUUUUGCUAACAUAGACACAAUUUAAUCAUAAAUUAAUACUAGUAAAUGUGGUUUCAACUUAAAAUAGGUUUGUUUUUAUUCACUCUUGGGUGUAAUGAAGCAGUCAUUGAAAAUAAUUCUCUACUCUUAAAUCAUAACAAAGUGUUAAAAGUUGUUAAAAAGAUACCACAGCAGCCAUGAAAUGUCACAGCAUCUCACUGUAGAAUGGAUCUCUCACAAACAAGUAGGCACAAACACUGGUGAAAAUAUUUUCAGUGAUCCAUCAGUAGAGACCUGCAAUAUUCGCGAAUUCAUUCGGUGAUAGGCUAGAAUUCAAACACAUAUACCUCUUAGAUAAUUUUGCUAUUGGCUUACUGUUCAUCUGGACGAAUCUCAACCAGUAAUAAACUCUCAACCAAAGAAGAAUCGAAUCACAGACAAACCAGCUGAGACGACUUACAAGUCGGCAGCCAAUGAACUUGCGUUAUUUGCCCGAGUGUACAGGGGUAUGUGCAGUUUAUCCUGAAGGCCAUCGAAACUGCGAAUUUUGCAGGUGUCUAUCCAUCAGGCAUAUCCACAACAACUGGAAGGAUUAAAUUAUUUUUUUAAAAAAGACAAUAUGGAAUGGAAACAAAUUUUAAACCAAAGGUGACUGAGGAUUACAGCUUCAGUUCUGCAAUCAUUAGCAAUGUGAACUACAGUAAAUCCCUGUCAAGAAGUUUCUCAAAGUACUUUAAAAAAAUUUACUUACUAACAGUGAAAACUUAUAUAAUGGUAAACUUGUAUUAAUAGGUUAAGUGCUAAAUUUUUUAAACUUAUUAUGCAGGAAAUUUUCAUAAGUUGUAUUUUCUCAGGGUUUUUUUUUUUUUUGUAUAUGAGUUUUAAAAAAGUUUAUAAUGUAUAAAGUGGUCAGCAAUUAUUUAUAGAAGGAAGUAAUUUUUUUGGUUCUUGAGUAGUGCCAUACUCAUAUUUUUAUUUCAAUUGAAGGAACUUCUUUUACUGUUACAGUACUCAGCAUUCAAAUUUCAUAGAGAAGUAUUCAACCCAUCCCUAGUAUAUAUGUAGUUGUGUAUUUAUGCAUAUACAUUUAUGUGCACACAUACUUAUUUAGUAUAAAUACCUUUACACACAUUUAUGUACAGAAAUAAAUAUGUAAAGUGAUAUGACUGAGCAACACCAUAUUUUUAGCUUUUCUGUAUUUUCACUGUAUUACAGUAUGUACGUGACUGUGAGAAAUUGUUGUUUUAAGCUGGUAGUUAUUAUUUUUUAACAAAUUAAAAACUACCUAUUCAUAAUAUAACAAUUUUUUUUCUGUGGCAAAAUAUAGCAUUCAUAAAUAUGUUCUGUUAAACAGUACAUAACUCAAUUUUUGUUGCACUUGCUAUCUAAUUUAAAAAUAAGUAAUAAAAAUAGUAGGUUCAAACAAAACUUAGCUUGGCAUUUGUACUGACAUGUAUUAAUUUGUUUUAAGUUGUUAGGACAGCAUGUUGUCCCAUUUUACCUAUAUGCUGUGCUUAUGCUGAAAACUGUUAAAAUUGGUUCAUUUAGCUUGUUUUUAAUUUUUCAUAGCCCAUACUAGUUGAGUAUUCACUUAGUGUAUAUUCAAUUAUUGUAAAUGUUGAGUUACGUAAAGAGAGUUGAUGGCCUUACUGCAAACAGGCUUGAUGAACACUGCUUCCUGCAGUCUUAGAAAACAUUCAUUCCUCUGAUGGUUGAAUGUUGCAAAAGUUGGUAUAAAUAUAUUUUUUUAGUAAUAUUUAUAUUGUAUAAGUUGAUCUUUUAUUUAUUUCAUUUAUGUAGGUUAGUUAGAUACAAAAUAAAGCCUUUAAUACUUAA